AUGCAAACGCCGAGUGCGGAGCGCGCCGAAGCGCCGGACGCAUUCGAAUCGCAGUCCGACGCGACGGGAGACGAUGUGCACGACCACGUGCCGCUGUCCGCGCUACGCACCGUCGUUAGGUCGUCUGGUGGCGCGCCCUCUGCGGCGAAAGGUGGGCGCAACUACGCGUGGACGAACACCGAAUCGCUCGCCGCUUUACUCGCGCGCGAAGGCGCCAAUAACAAAGAGCAGCGCGAGAAGACUGAUGUCAGGGCCAAAGACUGCCAACGUCGCUUCAUCGGUGCACUUCGCGUCGUAGAAGCUUCGCACGCGGAGCUCGAGCAGAAGAACAUAUCCGGCCCAUUUUUGCCCAUCCUCUACCGCAAAGCGAACGUCGAUAUGGCCGCGACGCCGCAACAAGCGGCGACGCAACGCGGCGGAAACGAAGGCAAAUCGGUGCUUGUACGCGGAGACGCGAUC